AUGGUCCUGGUCAACGAGAUCGCAACUCUAUGCGGAGGGGGAUCCCCGCUCGAGCGACUCCCAAGAGAGAUCCUCCGACAUAUCGCUUCGUACCUCUACAAUCCUCUCGCCUUAACCCAGGAGGACCGUCUUGCCUGGGGAGUCUUUUCCUCUUUCGGAGACAAUCUGCCUGCUCGGAGACAAGGUCUGGUGGACCUAGUCGCGCUCGGAAGCACCAGCAAAGCGCUCUGGUCGGAAGUACGACCGAGUCUCCUCCGUUGCAUCCGGGUCGCAGACGAAGAGCGAUUGAGAACCGUAGUAGCCUCGAAGGAUGACUGGGGAAAACAUGUCAGAUCGAUCGUUGUCGACAUGUCAUUGUUCGAGGGCGACGAGAGACAGUCGUGGGACCGUGGCCGUAACCCUUGGCUUGAAGUAAAGGCUCUUCAGGAUCUUGUCCAGGCUCUGCCAGGAUUAGAGCAUUUAUCGAUCUUUGCAGACGGAUCGGACGAUAUCACUCUGUCGCUAUUCUUUGGGACAGAAUACGUCAGGCGACAUAUCGGACCUCGCCUGAAAUCGUUCGGCUGGAGAGCUCGCUCAGAGACCCCUCACGAGCUCAGAGAAUUUUAUGCCACGAGCAUGUUUGUGAGCUUCUCGGACUUUUUGAGAUGUUGCAACCGGCUUGGCUGCAUCGUGCUGGAUUGCAAUACCGAAGCGACGGCCAUGUCUGCACAAGACUUGGACCUGGUACUAUCGGCACUCCAGGACAGGCAAUUCGAAGUGGUACCAAAUGGUAGCUCGGUCAACGAUCGGUCAGACAGAGGUCAUCCAGCCUUGACGCUCAUGCUGUGCGGCCUGAUGUCGCGCUGGCGACCUGGCGAUGCCGAUCUCGACGCUGCCGAAUCUCAUCCGGCAUUUAUAAAAGCGCGACCAACGUCACCUGGGCUGAUCACGGCACUAUUGCCACUGGCAAAUCUUCCUCAUCUACGAGUUCUUCAAGUAGGAGGCUACCCUUUAAAUCCCAAGGAACAUAUUCGUAUGAUCGAAAUCAUCAUACAACUGUGUCCCGAAAUCAUGGUCUGCGGUUGGUGGUCAAAGGACGAAGAUGUCGUGUGGUACGCGAUCUGGAGAGACAGGCACCAGGAGAGGCUCAUCGACGCUUAUCUAAGUCGAGCGGUAUGUUCUCGAGCCGACCUGGUCGACCCGCUUGCGACACCGGAUGACGGAAACCAAAUGGCCAUGCCGAGAUACCUGAUCAAACCGCUCGGCGAAGGCGAGCUAUUCGCCCUCGAAGCGGAACAAGCUGUAUGUACUGGACGAGCUGGGUAUUCAGUCAGAUGCAUCAUCGCCGACAGUUAA